UUUGUUUAUAUUUGCUGAUGUAAUGCAUGCAACUCUAAAUACACUAAAAUAGUAAACAUUGUCCAUAACCUUACCAUUUCCACUUGAAAUUGUGCCACAUUCAGCAGUACUCAAAUUAUUCAAUUUUACCACAAAGAAUGUAAUUUCUAUCGGAGUGAUAAUAAGUCCUUAAAAAUGGAUUCCAAGCAACGUAUACACGUUAUGACUUUGGCUAAUAGCAUAAUUGGGGUGAGCAUAUUGGCAAUGCCUUUCUGCUUCAAACAAUGUGGAAUAGUUCUUUCUAUAGUUCUGCUUCUAUUCAGCAGUGUAUUAUGCAGACUGGCAUGUCAUUUUCUUUUAAAAUCAGCAAUUAAGGCCAGACUGAGAACAUUUGAGUAUCUUGCAUAUCAUGUUUUUGGUUCAGUGGGCAAACUAUUUGUUGAGAUUGGCAUGAUAGGAUUUCUAUUGGGGACUUGUGUGGCCUUUUUUGUUGUGAUGGGUGAUCUUAGCCCACAGAUUAUUGGCCAAGUGACUGAAAUAAAGAGCAUGGAAACUUUGAGGACAACAAUUUUAAUUGCUAUUGCUUUAUUAUGUGUUCUACCAUUAGGAUUAUUGAGAAAUGUGGAUAGUUUAAGCAGUGUUUGUAUUGCUACAAUAUUAUUUUAUGCUAUUCUAGUGUUUAAGAUAUUUUUGGAAGCUGCUCCUCAACUUUUCACAGCUAAGUGGUAUGAGCAUGUUGAUUUCUGGAGGCCUAGUGGAGUCUUACAAUGUAUUCCUAUAUUUUCCAUGGCUUUGUUUUGCCAAACACAAUUGUUUGAGAUUUAUCAAGCUAUACCAAAUGCCUCCUUGGAGAAAAUGAAUGAAGUUGUGAAGAUUGCUGUCAAUAUUUGCACAUCAGUGUAUAUUUUUGUUGGGAUUUUUGGAUAUAUUGCAGUUUCUUAUAAACCGGGUUUUAGUGGUAAUAUUCUAAUGGAUUUUGAACCGUCGAUGGUGACUGAAACAAUGAAGCUUGGCUUUGUCUUAUCAGUUGCUUUCAGUUUUCCAUUAAUUAUCUUCCCAUGUAGAGCAAGUUUAUAUUCGUUGCUCUACAGGCCAACUUAUACUGGUUUACACGACUCGACAAAUUUGUACAUUCCUGAAGGAAAGUUUCGCUUCUUAACUUUGAUAAUCGUAUUGGUUUCACUAAUAAUUGGGAUUUUAAUACCGAACAUUGAGUUGGUUUUGGGUUUAGUUGGUUCGACGAUCGGCAUUAUGAUCUGCGUCAUUUUCCCCGCGACUUGUUUUAUUUGUCUUACUGAAAAAAAUACUAACGAACGUAUUUUGGCGCAAAUUAUGCUAGUUAUUGGCAUCGGUGUAAUGGUACUGGGAACAUACGCCAACUUGUAUGCAAUUGAUCAUAUAGAGCCGAUUCCCAACUAUGAAAAGUUAACAUCAAGUGGAGUCAGUGUAAAUAUUAAUAUUAAAGAGAAAGAUAUUAACAAUAUAGGUAAUCUUGGUAUUGAUAAAGAAAUGCAGAUAAAAAUACCCGAUGCCAUUAAAGAAAUACGACACGAACCUGUUCAGCCUGAGGAACCAAUUGAAAUUGAAAAUAAACCCAAAGAUGAAGUCAAUGAAGUGAAAGCAGAAGAUCAUUUGCAAAAAGUCGAAACGGUUCCUAAAAAAGAGGAAGAAACCUUAGUAGAACCAAUUAAAGUAGAAGAAAGGAAGGAAAUACCUGGCGAAGACAUAGAAAAUAAAGAGAUUAAACUUGAUGAUAAAAAGGAAUUGAAAGAAUCAGUUGCUGAAGUAGACAUUGAAGCAAUUAAGAAAGAGGACCAAGAAUUAGAGAAGGGAAGCAACGCCAAAGAGAAUUGGGAUGCACAUGAACAGUUGGUUCAAGAAAAAAAGAAAUUAUUUGAGGAGAAUAAGAAGAUUAUGGAAGAAAUUAAAAUACAGCAAGCACAACAGCAGGUCAAUGCUGAGAAGUUGAAGGCAGUUCAGAACAUACAAAAUAUUGCGCAAAAAGCCAUCGAAAAAAUUGUAGAUAAUAAAAUGAACGACACGAAGUUAUUGCAAAAAGUUGAAAGUGAAAAUGUUGCUGAGAUUAAAAAUAUUGUCAAGCAAACUGACAAGAAGGAACGAGAAGAAUUGAAAGCUGAUGUUGCCGAUUCAGCAGCGAAGUCAAACAAUAUAAACGCUUCUCCAUUGUCAUAUCAAUUAGGAUUACAAAACGCUAAGGUUUCAGACAAAUCUAAUGCAGAUAACACAAUUAAUGAACCUAAAAGAAAUGCUAGUGUUGUUGACAUUAUUGCUGCACCACCAAAUACUGAAGUAAAGAAAGAUACGGACAUAAGUCAUGUAGAUGAAAUUAAGAAAGUGAUAGAUAUUGAGAUUUUAAAAAAGAAUUUCACAGAGUUCUUGAUUCGCCCCAAAAAACUACAAGUUGUUGAAGAAAUUAAAGAUAAUGGUGAAAAAACAAAAGUUGCUGACGUUGAGGCGCCAAUUGUUAAAGAAAGCAAAGAUAACAAGCAAGAGGCUGUUAACCCAGUUGAUGUCAAAGGAAACGAAGAUGGCGGACAUAAAAACGAUGACAAUUUAGAGCUACGCAGGGACAUUUUAUCAGUCUAGCAUAAUAAGAGGUUGAACUUAUCAAACAAAUCAGUGUUUGUAAUCUGUGAUUACUAAAUGGAGGCAUUAUGUAAAUAAAAAGAGUAUAUUAUUA